CAGGUGGAAGCCGCUCCGUGUCGCUGCUGCUGCCCUUCAUAAUGAAACACAAUCCCGUCGGGGAGGAAGAAACUCUGCGCAGCGAUCAAGCAGCAGGGAAACGCAAACAUAGACUUACUUCAUCAGCGCCGAUUGUUGGAAGACAGCGAGGAGAAAGGAGAGGGAUUUAUUUUGUUGCGUAUCUGAAGAGGGAAAACAAACACGCACGGAGGAAAAACUUCCUGAAAUGACAGGGGUUCUGUGAGAGAGAGAGCUUGACAACCCAGUGAAUCUAGUUUACGAAGAAGUGCUCCCAUAUUUCAGUUGUCUGUCAGCAGCAAGAGGACUUGUUCGACUCUUUGGACCGCUUAUCAUCUGCGGACUUUGACUGCGCUUUAAAACAUAAAUUUCCCCUCAACCCUCAGCCAAUAAAGCCUAUACAUAUAAAAAGGAGUUUUUCCUCAAAUCCGCGGCAAUGGGGGAGCAGCCGAUCUACACCACCAGGGCCCAUGUCUUCCAAAUCGACCCAACCACCAAGAAGAACUGGGUCCCUGCCAGCAAGCAGGCCGUCACCGUCUCUUACUUUUACGACAGCACACGCAACAGCUACCGCAUCAUCAGCGUGGAUGGAUCCAAGGUGAUCAUCAACAGUACCAUCACACCCAACAUGACCUUCACCAAGACAUCGCAGAAGUUUGGCCAGUGGGCGGACAGCAGGGCCAACACUGUGUUUGGACUGGGCUUCGCUUCGGAGCAGCAACUGGCCAAGUUUUCUGAGAAGUUCCAGGAGGUAAAAGAAGCAGCCAAGCUAGCAAGGGACAAGUCUCAAGACCAGGGGGAGACAUUGAGUAAUCACUCCCAGGAGUCUGGACGUGAGACACCCUCAAGCAACCAGGCGUCCAGCAUAAAUGGGACAGAUGACGAGAAAAUCUUUCAUGUCGGUCCAGAGACCGCUGUGCUGAAGACCGAGAACGAACAUCUCAAGAGUACCAUAGAACAGAGCACCACCAACGCCAAGAAGUGGGAAACAGAGCUGCAGACUUUAAGAGAAAAUAAUGCCAGGCUGGUGGAUGCACUGCAGGAGUCUUCUGCUAAUGUAGAGAGCUGGAAGAAACAACUCGGUGCCUGCAAGGAAGAGAGUGACACGCUCAGGGAAAAGGUAAUCGAACUAGAAGCUCAGUGUAACGAAGCCAAUGAGGAGAAGCAGAGAAACGCCCAACUGUCUGUACGAGUGCAGGAGCUGGAGACCGAGCUGCACGAGAAAGAGCAGGAGCUGGAGAACCUGAGGAAGCAGGCGGAGAUAAUCCCUCAGCUCAUGGCGGAGUGCGAGAGCAUCACCGCAAAACUGCAGACUGCUGAGACGAAGAGCAAGGAACUGGAGGGGAGGACAGAGGGUCUUCAGCUGGACAUAGACGACAGUCAACAGAAGCAGGCCAACAUGAAGGGCGAGCUGAAGAUUAUGGAUAUGCUGGAUGGAAAAAUAGACGAGCUGCAUGAGUUCAGACAGGGGCUCUCCAAGCUAAGUGUUGAUAACUGAGUUAAGUGGCACUGAGCUGAAAGGGUCAGAGGUCAGGUACGGAGGAUUCACUACAGUUUGUCUUCAGGGCAGAAACUAUGUGGCACCUUCUCCCCCAAGGUGACGUCCACUCAGACACUAUCAGCUUUGGCUUCUAAUAAACACUACCAUGUGAGAAAGAGAUGUUUUUGAAGAGGGAGAGGGAGACUGGCAGGAGGAAGGCCAGCGUGCUUCACCAAAUGGCUCCAUUUUGUGCGCUGGCAUUCUGAAACUAAAUCAAGAGUCACACUUUGAGCUUACUCAUCCGUUUCUGUGGGGGGGAAACGGCUUUAUAAAGGUGGUGGUGGGUUCUUAGAUUCUGUCCAUAUGUCUUUUUUUCUGAAGGCUGCAGCACUUCUUCACAGGCAGUCUUUGCUUCAGAAUAGAAGAGGGGUCUUAAAGGGCUAACAUGAAUAACACACAAUGACAAUGCUGUUCAGCAUCACUCAAGUAAUAAUUGGUGUGAAUCCUUGUGGCCCCCUCAGAGAAUUAGAGAUGAAAUCUUUCUACAGACUGUCCUUGCUUUUGCCUCUCGUCUAUCUCAGGUGUGUAAGAAGACAGUUUGCACUUAUUAAAUUAUAUGCACAUACAUGACAAACGGCCGUGACACAAAGUGCCUCCAGGUGAGUCUCAAUCUACCUGGCAAGGAGAACUGGCCAAGUGAUGACCAUCACCAUAAUAAUAACUUUUUGUAAGAAAAACUAAUAAAGUGAAAAGAAAAAAUGCAGGCAGACGAGCCAAUAAGGAUGUUAAUGGAUGUUAAUGUGGUGAUAAACUCAAAGGAUGAAACGGAUGUUUGCACAAA